GCUGAUCUUAUGCAUUGUCGGCCUUCAAAAGUUGGCACCCUUGUUCUAACUUGUGGAAAGCAACCGUCACGGCGCAUCAGUGACGUGUCAUGAGGAAACAGAGUAUUGGAGUGUUCAAAGUAUUCAAAGAAAGAUAGCAACUGUUCAUUAUACAUUUCCUUGUUAUCUCUUCGUUUACUGACGACACGUGUCUCUCUUUGUGCAUAAUUAUUUUUUAAGAUAAAUUUAGAGCUGCGAAGAAAUUUCAAUCGUUAUUUUGGUAAUUGAACUAGUAGUUACCUUCAUAAAACUACUUGUCUGACAACAAAGACGACGACCUUCGUCGUGCAACUUUAAAGCAAUUCUUCUUAAGUUAUAAUGUAUGUAUGUACGUAUUUGACUAUAUUUAAUUUUCGCUUUUAUCAAGUGAGAAACUUUAUAUUUGUGUUUUCUGAGAUUCGUGAGUUAUAUUAUUAAACUAAACUUUCUUAAUGUUUAUAAAAAUUAUUCAAAAUAACAUAAAAAAUAAGUACUAUAUACUUAUUUCUUUUAUAAUAUGUUACUAUGAUUGAGAAUAUCGAAAUUACUCUUAGAAUUAUUUUAAUAAAAAAAAAUUUGUGUAUUUAUUCUCUAUUAAAAAAUAUUACAUUAUAUAAUAUUAUUAAUAAUAUUACUAAUAAAAAUAUAAUAUUGAACAUAACAUUGAACACAAUAUUUGAAUUUCAUUUAUUGUAUAAAUUAUUAUAAAUAAAUUAUAAUUAUGAUAUUAUCGUGAUAAAUUAUUAUUAAAUUAUAUAUAUAUUAAUUAAAUAUUUGCAAAUCUAAAUUUGCAUUUUAUAUUCGUUAAAAUUUCUAUUUAUAUAAAUUUUUAUUAUAGCGAAUAUGUAAUAUAUAAAUAUGAUAAGUAUUCUCGUGCUGAAGAAAAGUACUUGCUUAGAUGCUGUUUCGCAGAAAAAUAAUAGCAUGAAGAGUUAUGUAUAAAAUUGAUAUUGGAAUUUUUUUGUUUUCGAGAUAAAAUCAUUCUUUUUCUCAAUCCAUUACCAUGUAAUUGAAAACAAUGAAGGUUUUUCAGCCACGCACCCUAAAUACAUGGAUUGCUCAGUGGAGACGGUCAAAGACGACCUUAGUCGAAGUUAGGACGAAGUUGUCCGACCUCGCCCGAUCAAGCUGACGACAGAAGCCGAGAUCGGUCGAGGUGAGGCGAGGAAAGGUUCAUUGACCGUCUGACCAUGAGCCGCGCCCCACAUACAAUCCUCUCCACGUUCAUCGUCCACGGCUUUUGGUUGUUUUGUUCGUAACCGAUACCUCAAGAUCAAAGCCGUUUCCCUGGAGAAGGUCCUCGUCCUGUCCGUUGAAGACCUUUACUUGUGAGCGCAAUAAGGCUGCACACGUUAAUCUGUGCCUCCUAUUGUUAAAAAUCCGAUUAUUAUAAGAUUAAUAAGCAAAUUGAUUCUUUUUUAAUUAUUAUAUGCAACAUAUAGAAGAAAAGCAAAUUUAUUUUAUUCUUUUUUUUUGUUAUUCUAUUUUUUAAUGUCAUAUAAGUGGUUCUAAAUAUCUGUUCUAUAAUAUUUAUUAUUAAAAAUGAAACAAUUCAAUACAUAUGACACUAAACAUGCUUUUGAUGUUCUUAUAAUUAUUAAUUUGUUGGUUAUAUUUGUUGGUUAUAUUAAAAUUUUUUCCAUCUAUUUUACAUGAUUCAAUUUGGAAAUAUGUAACUAUGAAGGAUUACAACAUUAUGAUAUUAAAACAUGAUCAAAAUUUAUAUUUCAUGAAUAUAUAUGUUAUUAAUAUUUGCAAAUUAAGAAAAUCUUUAUUUAAAAUUUGCUUUAUUUAUUUUAUUUCCAUGAUUUAAUCUUUUUCUUGACAAAUUUUUAUAAAAAAAAUUUAGUUUAUGAAAUAUUAAUAUAAACAAUUUAAAAUGAUUUUAAUAAUAGUACUAUAAAAUUCUCUAUGUAUCUCUUAUAUGUAACUUAAAUAUUUCAAUAAAUAUAAAUUAAGUUUAAUAAAUUGAAAAAUAACUGAUAUAUUAAUGUUGUAAAAGAAGUAAAAUCUAAUAUUUUUUUUUUUGGGCUGCACAAUAACUUGUAUUCUAAGCAUUCUAAUUGCAUGUGUGUUAAUACAUCAUAUUUUUGUAUCAUUAGGUACAAAAGGCUGCAUAUUAAUAGUCAAACAUGGAUGGAGUAGCAUGCGUCUUCCUAAAGGAAGAUCUGUGUGCUGUGAUUUAUCACUUAGGAGGCCAAAACACGCGCAACAACGGACAACCCCACAGGAUCGGGGGGUGCUUCUCGUGUCUCGGGAGGAAGGGACGAUAUUCGCUCCCUAUCCACUGAGCAACGCUGGAUCCCUCCUUCAACUCUUAGACGCGAUGCACUCACCCCAGAAAGCAGAAAUAAUUUCAUCUUUAGAAAGGUGCGGGGUAUUCUUAAUAAGCUUACGCCGGAAAAGUUCGCAAAGCUGAGCAACGACCUGCUCAACGUUGAGCUUAAUUCUGAUGUGAUUCUCAAAGGUGUCAUUUUUUUGAUCUUUGAAAAAGCACUUGAUGAACCCAAGUACAGUUCUAUGUACGCACAGCUGUGCAAACGGCUGUCUGACGAAGCUGCAAACUUUGAACCAAAAAAAGCACUCAUUGAAAGUCAAAAAGGCCAAAGCACAUUCACAGUUCUUCUUCUUAAUAAGUGCAGAGACGAAUUUGAAAAUCGUUCAAAAGCAAGUGAGGCAUUCGAAAAUCAGGAUGAACUUGGUCCAGAGGAAGAGGAACGCCGACAGGUGGCUAAGCGCAAAAUGCUUGGUAACAUUAAAUUCAUCGGAGAAUUGGGAAAAUUGGGAAUCGUAUCGGAAACGAUCUUACAUCGUUGCAUCCUGCAAUUAUUGGAAAAGAAAAGGCGAAGGAGAUCCAGGGGGGACACUGCUGAGGAUAUUGAAUGUCUUUGCCAAAUCAUGCGUACCUGUGGCCGCAUCCUUGACUCGGAUAAAGGCCGCGGACUCAUGGAUCAAUAUUUCAAACGUAUGAACUCUUUGGCAGAAAGCAGAGAUCUUCCUCUACGCAUCAAGUUUAUGCUACGUGAUGUUAUUGAGUUACGCCGUGAUGGCUGGGUACCACGUAAGGCUACCAGUACUGAAGGUCCAAUGCCCAUCAAUCAAAUCCGCAGUGAUAAUGAAGAGUCUUCAAGAGGAAAUGGCUUCCAUAGACGUGAGGAUCGUCUUGGAGCUGAAUUUUUAAGAAAAAUGGGCCGUGGCGGAUUAGAUAUGGAUAUGAUGGGAGGUAUACCAUUAACUUCUCCAUCGUUUGGCAUGCCAUCUCCAUUCAGCCCCAAUGGAUUCUCAGGAACUUCAGGGGUUACUUAUGGCCGUCAUAGUCAACGUAAUCAACCUGGUUACUAUCAAAACCAGAAUCGUCACCAAAAUAAUUAUCAAGGGAAACACAAUCAACAACAACAUAAUUCACCACAAAACUUUAAUAACAAUAGCAAUAAAGAACAAUUACGCUUCAAUAAAAAUAAGAUGUUGAUCGGACAUCCAGAAGAAGUAUCGCUAAGACCAUCAGCUAAUUCUAUGAUGUUUAAACAAACGAAUAUUAAUCCCAAUCUACCUCUCAACAGUGAUCUGUUCCCAGGACGAGCAUCAGAAAUACCUCUUUUACGUACAAGCACAUUAAAACCUAGCUCGCCAUUACUGCACAAGGAAUUGUCACCAGCAAUUGUAAUAAAACAAGGUCCUGUAGAUAAAAGAGAAAAAGCUCGCGAUAGAAAGGAUAAAGGAACUUCUAGGGAAGAGAUACUGAAGAAGGUGAAUUCUUUAAUGGAUGAUCUUGUUUCGCAUACGAACAUACAAGAUGCAAUAACAGCUUUUCAAGAUCUUAAAAUACCUGAACGAUUUUUACGACAUGCAGUUUAUACAUUAUAUUCUAACACGUUAGACCGUGGAGAUUCUGACCGUGAACUUGCAGCUAAACUUAUAGUUGAAUUGGAGAAAGCAGACGUGAUUACUGUACAGCAGAUACAUGAAGGAUGGAAAGAACUAGUAUCCAAUAUACCAGAAAAAGAGAGUACUGUGCCUUGUGUAGCUUCUCAUGUUGCCUUUUUAACAGCCAAGGCUAUUGUGGAUAAUUUAAUUCAAUUAACCGAUCUUGUCGCUGUGACAGAAAAUGGCCAACAUCAUCCAUUAUUUUUACUUACACUUCAGCAAUUACAUAAAAGCCAAGGCAAAGCAAGAUUAACACAAAUCUUUAAUGACAGCAAGGUGAAUCUUAUCAGUCAGCUACCCGAAGCAGACAAGACGAAAGAAAGACUAGCUGAGAUUUUAGAGGACAGAGAAUUGACUUUCCUUUAUCCACUUCUUAAGAUCCAAGGAGAUAUAUGGCGUCAAUUAGAAUAUGACCCAAAUCCUAAUACUCUUUACAAAUGGAUCAAAGAAAAGCUAGAACCUUCGCAUCAUUCUGAUUCAGAAUUUAUUAACGCUUUGAUGAACGUUCUUCUAAAAUACAUUACACAGGAAACAAUACUGGCACCUGGUGUUGAUCCUUCUAGUGUAGGCAAAUCAGUAAUAGAUAAAGAAAAGGCAUUAUUGGAAAAAUAUGCUCGUUUGAUGCGCUUACUCUUCGUCGAUAUAGAGUCUCAAGUGACAGCUCUCCAUGCACUUCAAGCAUUUUGGUUUUCGCACAAUUUUCCAAAAGGAAUGCUAUUGCGAUGGUUUGAUGGGCUUUACCGAUUAGAAGUGAUUGAAGAAGACGCUUAUUUCAAAUGGAAGGAAUGUGUUACUGAUGCUUAUCCAGGCAAGGGUAAAGCAUUAUUUGAGGUAAAUAGUUGGUUAACAUGGCUAGAUAAUGCAUCCACAGAAGAAGAAAGUGAUGACCAUAAUGAUGAUGAUGACAACAAUAAAAACUACAGAAUGCAAAAACUGUGAGAAGAAUAUGUUCUUCCGGCUACCUAUAAUUUGGAAUAGGGUUUUGCUAUCUAUAUUACUGGACCAAGCGGUUUCAGUUUACUAAUUGAGUUGUCUCCAUCCAUUGCCACAAACAUCUUGUUAGUCUGUGUCAAGCCCUCGUUCAAAGAAGAAGAUGAAGACAAAGAAGAAAAGGACUUUAUAAUAAUGUCCAAAUAAAAAAAAGAAAGAAAGAAAAAAAAA